CAAUCACCUGAGCCUGACUCAUGAUCACACAGUGGGUGUAGCACUGCAGCUGAUACAAACUUUAAUAGAACUCACAGAAUAUUGUGAAUACCACAAGCAGUUCAAACCGAACCAGCAAAAUGCCACUUUGUGGAGGAGCAAAUGAGCCAGAAGCGGCGACAGAAGAGGUGCAAGCCAUCUGUGAUCAGGUCAAGGGAGAAGUGGAACAACAGGCCGGUGUGACCUUUGACAUCUUCCGGGCAACCACCUUCAGCUCACAAGUGGUGGCAGGGACCAACUACUUCAUCAAGGUGGAUGUAGGUGGUGAGAAGUUCGUGCACCUGAAGGUGUUCAAGGCCCUGCCACAUGCUGGCUCUGGUCUUAAGGUCAGUGGCCUACAGCAGGACAAGGGAAAGGAAGACCCCAUAGGCUACUUUUAGGUGCACCUGAUGAUUCCUUCUACCAUGAAAGAGGACAAGGAAAUCAUGGAAAAGCAUGAUAGAUAGAUAAAUAGAUCUGUUGGCUUGAUUAGUUUGGUCCAAUGUGCAGAAAAUUAAUUCAAUUAAUCAAUUCAGUGGCAUAUUGUUACAGUACUGCUUGUCUUCCCUGUUAGUUGUUAACUAGACUACUAGUAUUAGAUGUUUCCUCCAGAAACAUAAGAUUUUUAUGGCUAAGUGACAUAAGGUUUUAAGAUUUUCACAGACCAAAUUUAAGUCACUAUAUAGUUAUAUAGCAAAAAA